AUUACAGCCCUAGGAAAACUACUGCCUCAGCUAGCUGUGGGAGACUGCACCCUCCGCCUUUGAAACCCACACCGUUACAUCAAUAUCAAGACAUACAAAUCUCAUGUCCGCGAGAUGUCGGCUCUGUGAUGGCUAAACGUUGUUGCAUUCAUCGAUUAUUCACUGAAAGGGACAAUGCCAAGCUUUGCUCGUGCGGUGGGGAUCUACAGGUUUUUACCUUCGAUGUUGUAACUGUGCUUGUAAUGCGGAAAUUCCGCGGACAUGAUAGUGAGGUGAAUGCAGUGAAGUUCAAUGAGUAUGGAUCUGUGGUCGUAUCGGCUGUUUAUGAUUGUUCUUUUUAUGAUUGUUCUUUGAGGGCAUGGGAUUGCAGAUCUCACAGUACUGGGCCAAUUCAGGUGAAUGCAGUGAAGUUCAAUGAGUAUGGAUCUGUUGACCGUAUCGGCUGGUUAUGAUUGUUCUGUGAGAGCAUGGGAUUGUAGAUCUCAUGUUACUGAGCCAAUUGAAGUUUCCAAUUUAUAAAUCCAAAGUGAUUUGAUAAGCUGACGGUGUUGAUGGAACUGUUCACAAGGUUGACAUUCAAAUUGGUAGGAGAGUAACUUGGAUAGAAUCA